AUGGCGAGCAGCAAUGGCGAAAUGGUUGCUCUUUUGGAGGAGGAAGACUUGCUGGGCGAGCCCCUCAGCCAGCACUUUCGCAACACCGAUCGGGCUGCCUUUCUCCCCUUCAGCCUCCAAGCGUUAGCCUACGAAGAUCAAGCCGUGCGGGAGGGGCCCUAUCACCACAGCGCCCCGCAUAUGUAUGCUAUGGCCCUGACGUUUCUUCAGAUCGAGCCGGGCUGCAGCUUCUUGAAUGUGGGCAGUGGCACCGGUUACCUCAGCUGCAUCGUGGCAGCAGGAGCGAGCUCACAACACCAACGCAACAUAGGGCAUGCACUGGGCAACCUCGGUCUCAACCAUGGUCUUGAGGUGGAUGAAGAGCUGGUCAUGUUCUCACAUCAAUGUGUCAUCGCCCACUUACACGAGACAAAUGCCGAUUUCACCGCCCCCACGUUUUUCACCGGCAACGUCCAUCAGCUGCAGCUCGUACAGGACGGUCACCACCAUCGGCGUUAUGAUCGCAUCUACGUGGGAGCUGCCAUGGGUGAUGCCCUGUACAGGCGCAUGUGCCAGCUUCUGCACUGCGGUGGCUACCUGGUGGGGCCGCACCAAGACCACCUCAUUCGCACGCUACGCCUGGACGAAGACACUUUUACUGAGCAGGCGUUCUCAAGUGUAAUGUUUGCUGACCUCGUGGAAACGGCAAACGCUCCACCUGUUUUUUUGGCUGCAGCUGGACCAUCAUCGUUAACCCAUCUUUGUCUGCAAGAGCGGAUCAGGACUCUAGGCGAACCUUUAAAUGCCAAAACCAUUUCAAGCCUGGGCUUGCCGCGCGAUCUUCAACAACAGGUGGCCCGCGGCUACCCCGUGCUUAGUCCCGGCUUUAUCUCCGACGGCGACGAAUCUGAUGACAAUGAAGCUUCAUCAACCAUCGAGCCCUGGACGGAUGUCUGCGCCUCGCAGCUCUCCGUGGCUGCUCAAGUCGCUCAUGCCACCUACAUCGCCAACCGUCCUGGAACCAGCUGGCGCCUGCUGCGUCGCAUUCAGCUUGUCUUGCACAAGUCUGCUCCAGCUCGACCAAGCGUGGAUCUACCGCACCGCACCGUUCUGCUCCUGGCUUUGGCAGACUCCACGCCAGAGCUGAAGACAGCCUCGGCGACCUAUCACGAGGUGCGUUCAGGUCUGGAGUAG